AUGCAGAUCCUUGUGCUGAUCCCUGGGAUCUUGCUGCUCCCGAAAGUCUGUGCAUUGAAAUGUUACGAAUGCAUACCUGGACCAUCUGGAAGCUGCAACGCGACAACAACAGAUUGUCCUUUCAACACUCAGUGUGGUUCAGUUAGAACGAUUUCAAAUAUGGGUGGUUCAGAAUUUAAAUUUAUGGGGAGAACUUGUGUUACGCCUGAUCAGUGCUUCAGUGGCUCAGUCAACUUUGGAUUUGCCCAAGUUGUAACUAACACCAUGUGUUGCACCUCUGAUCUUUGCAACUCUCAAGAUUCCCCUGAUUGGAGCAUACCCUCUCCAAAUGGGAAAAAGUGCUUCCAAUGUGAUGGAAACGACUGCACCAAAACUCUAACCUGUAAUGGAAAAGAGGACUACUGCAUCUCAGCAGCAGUCACUGUCGGAGAGGAAACUACCAAAAUAAAGGGCUGCGCGUCCCAGAUGAUUUGCUCAAACACACAAACUUCACAGAUCUCAGGAAUCAUUGGAACAAAAAUCAGCUGCUGCCAGGGUGACCUCUGCAACAGUGCCAGCAUUACACUGCCGGCCUUCUGCUCUUUGUCACACCGCUGA